UUUAUGUAAAAAAAAUAGAAACUAAGAGAUGGAUCGAAAUGACAAUUAAUAAUUCAUGUAAAAGUACUUUCGUUCAAUGAAUUAUUUAGACAUAACACUGAGCCCAAUUCUGUAAAUGUUCAGUUUUAUGUAAUUUAUGUUUGUGCCUAUAAUAAUAAGAAUAUAGUGAAGUUCAUUCUACAGAGUAAGUUUCAAUAAUACUAGUGUAAAUAAUAAACAAGCACCAAGCUUCUCAAGUACCUAAAGCAAUUUACACAAUGGGUGACAAUUUUCAAAAUAAAACAAUGGCUUCGGUUAUGAUGGACUAUGAUUUUAAAGUAAAGACUCAAAACGAGCGGUCGAAAGUCGAGGAUCUGUUUGACUUCGAAGGUUGCAAGGUUGGCAGAGGGACUUACGGGCACGUCUACAAGGCAAGGAGAAAAGACGGCUCGGAUACAAAGGACUACGCGUUGAAGCAAAUCGAAGGCACUGGAUUGUCGAUGUCGGCUUGUCGAGAGAUCGCGCUACUCCGGGAACUGAAGCAUUCAAAUGUGAUAAACCUUAUAAGAGUUUUCUUGUCACAUACGGAUCGAAAGGUGUGGCUGCUCUUUGACUAUGCGGAGCAUGAUCUGUGGCACAUCAUCAAGUUUCAUAGGGCUGCAAAGGCUAACAAAAAGUCAGUUAUGGUUCCUAAGGGCAUGGUCAAGAGUUUGCUGUAUCAGAUUUUGGAUGGGAUACAUUAUUUACAUUCCAACUGGGUUUUACAUAGAGACUUGAAACCAGCAAACAUUCUAGUGAUGGGUGAAGGCCCUGAGCGGGGCAGGGUAAAGAUUGCUGACAUGGGCUUCGCCCGACUGUUCAAUGCACCAUUGAAGCCCCUUGCUGACUUGGAUCCAGUGGUGGUCACUUUCUGGUACAGGGCACCAGAACUCUUGCUAGGAGCACGACAUUAUACUAAAGCUAUUGAUAUUUGGGCCAUAGGUUGCAUCUUUGCUGAGCUACUUACGUCCGAGCCGAUAUUCCACUGCAGACAGGAAGACAUAAAGACCAGCAACCCAUACCAUCAUGACCAGCUGGACAGGAUAUUCAAUGUCAUGGGCUUUCCGCAGGAGAAGGACUGGGAGGACAUCAGGAAGAUGCCAGAGCAUGCUACUCUAGUCAAAGAUUUUAAAAGAUCUAAUUACCAAAACUGUUCACUAGGAAAAUAUAUGGAUAGACACAAGAUCAAGCCAGACAGUAAAGCAUUCAGUCUAUUGCAAAGGCUUCUGUUGAUGGACCCAAAUAGGAGAAUAACGUCGGAAAUAGCAAUGCAAGAUCCGUACUUUUCCGAAGAUCCAUUGCCCACUCAGGAUGUGUUUUCUGGAUGCCCCAUUCCCUAUCCAAAGAGAGAGUUCUUGACUGAUGAUGACCAGGAUGACAAGAGUGAUUCUAAAGCGAGACAAAACCAACAACAGCAGCAACAAAAUAAUAAUCAGGUGCAAGCCAAUAACCAUGACCACGGAGCCAGCAACGCAAAACGAAUGAGAAUGCCAGGUCCGAACCAAGGCAACAACACGGGCGGCGGCGCGCCGCAGGAUUUCCACCAGCAGCAGAUGAUGUUCGGGCAGCAGCAGCAAGGCAACCAGCAGCAGGGCAACUUCCAGCAACGCUUCUAGAAUAUUCCACAAGCGUUCUAUCACACGCUUAUCUGAAGGCUUGUGGUUAGGUUCACCUACUAAUUUUUAGGGUUCCGUUCCCAAAGGGUAAAAACGGGACCCUAUUACUAAGACUCCGCUGUCCGUCCGUCCGUCUGUCUGUCUGUCUGUCCGUCUGUCCGUCUGUCACCAGGCUGUAUCUUAUGAACCGUUAUAGCUAGACGGUUGAAAUUUUCACCGAUGAUGUAUUUUUGUUGCCGCCAUAACAACAAAUACUAAAAACAGCAAACGGAUUUUUUGCCGUUUUUUGCGUAAUGGUACGGAACCCUUCGUGCACGAGUCCGACUCGCACGUAGCCGGUUUUUAUUUUGCUAAGCCUUGCUAUUCAAGGCAAUCAGCAGCAGGGCAACUUCCAGCAACGCUUCUAGACUUCUAGAAUAUUCCACUAGCAGAUUAUCACUGUAAUCUGAAGGAGAAAGGCUUGCGGUACAGGAUACGCCAUAGAUCGGAUAGCGUUUCAGUGUCUACCGACGUGUGUGGGCACAAUGGUUCCUACCAUUAAAGCCGUAACAGACUACCGCACGUAUCGAUAGUGUGUAAGGUGGUCGCCGUACGUGCGUUAAG